UCUUUGCGCUGUACCACACAUGACGGAAAAGCUGUCUUUCUUAAGAAGAAAACGCGGAAGCAUGAUCACUCCUCUGUACGCCUCUCAACCACGCAGUGUUGCAUACUUACCACAGCUCACCACUCCUUUCAGAUAAAUCUAUCGGGCCAGCGCAUGACCAACCUCUUAGACGUGCCUAUACACCGCCUCAUGGACGAGCUUUCUCUAAAGACUGCCAGCAAGAUAUCUGAACAGGAGCUAGUGCAGGCAGCCGGUCUGAACGCCGCCAGCAUAUCAACUGCAAAGCCAAAAGAUACCCUCUGGGUCGACCGCUACCGCCCCAAGCGCUUCACUGAAUUGCUAGGGGACGAGCGCUUGCACCGCGAAGUCAUGGCGUGGGUGAAAGAAUGGGAUCCGUGCGUGUUUGGCGUGCGCAAGAACAAGAAGAGACCGCGGGACGAGGAGGAAACUUACCUUCCUCCAGACCCGUUUCAUCGCCCACGAGAAAAGAUCCUAUUAUUGUCCGGUCCACCUGGUCUCGGCAAGACGACGCUGGCGCAUAUAGUCGCCAAACAUGCCGGCUACAACGUCUUUGAGAUCAAUGCUAGCGAUGCUCGCUCUGGACAAGUUGUGGACGACCGGAUACGCCCUGCUGCAGAAGCUGGUUUCGCCGUAGGAAGCGCCAAGCCCAACUUGAUCGUGAUAGACGAGAUUGACGGUGCAACGGGCGGAGGGGAUAACGCUGCUGGGUUCAUAUACAAGCUCACACAGCUCGCGAUGGAAAGGCCUCAUCAAGAGCGUCCAGGCAAGAAGAAAGACCCCAAGGGGAAACGGCCGCUCCUGCGCCCCAUUAUCUGUAUCUGCAAUGACCUCUAUGCGUCGUCUCUAGCAAAGCUCCGCCCGCUCGCGCGCAUCGUCCGUUUUACACGGCCGGCCGAUGUACACGUCGUCAGGCGGCUACGCGACAUCUGCGAGAGAGAAGGUCUCAAAGCAGACUCCCGUGCGCUGUCGACCCUGGUCGGCGUCGCCAUGGGCGACCUGCGUGGAUGCCUGAACACUCUCCAGUUCAUCAAGGCGCGAAAUCAGGACGUCACGGAGCCGCUGAUCCGCACGGCGACGAAGGGGAUGAAAGAGGCCGACUCGUCGCUCACGAACGCCCUGAAUAGCCUCUUCCUGCCCAUGACCAAGAGGCGCGUCAAAGAGCUGGGCGUCAACGAAGAGGAAGGAACCAAGUACGUCGACCGGAUCUGUCGCGAGCUCGAGGGCAGCGGCGCCCUCGACCGCGUCGCGCUGGGCUGCUUCGAGCACUACCCGAGCUUGCACCGGCACGACGCGACGUUCGCGCGGUACAUCAAGGCGGAGGAGUGGCUCGUCGCGUACGACAUGCUCUCCGGCUCGAUGCGCGCCGAGCGCGAGUAUGCCCUCUUACCUUACCUCGCGUACACGCUCGUCGCGUUCCACCCGCUCUUCCAAGAGCGCGGCGGCGCACGCGUCGAGCGGCCCAAGGCGGAUUGGGAGAACCACAUGCGCACGCGCGCGAACGAGGAAAUCGGCCGCGCGCUCGCGCUUGCGGUGCGUGCGGGCAACGGGCACCUCGCCGGCCACCACCGGCACCUCGUCAGCGGCGACGUCCUGCACCUCGAGUUCGCGCCGUACAUCAACCGCAUCAUCGCCCCGCCCCUCCGCCCCGUGAACAGCCAGGUCAUCCGGCCGGAGGAGAAAGCCGUGCUCGCGCGCCUCGUGGGCAUCAUGGUCUCGCUCGAGCUGCGCUUCGUGCAAGAGAAGGCCGAGGACGGGCAGCUCGUGUACCGGCUCGACCCGCCGAUCGACGUGUUCGUAACGUACGACGGCAAGCGCGCGAUGGACAUCGCCGCCUCUCGGUACGCCGUGCGCCAUCUCGUCGCAGCCGAGAUCGACGCGCAGCUCAUCGCGCGGCAAGCCGAGUCCGCAGAACGCAACAAGGCCCAAGCGAGCAGGAGCUUCUUCGGCGCGCGCUCGGGCGCGCUCCCCACCGAGGACGCCGCCAGGGCCCGGCCACGCAAGCGCGCCAAAGUCUCCGCCGCCGCCGCCUCGAUCGACAUCGCAGACAAGCCCCCGGUCGACUUCUUCGGCCGCCCGAUCGCCGCGACGAGCAAAAAGGCACCGCCCACGGAAACGAUGACGGAGGCGGUGGCGGUGGCGGCAACGACGACGACGACGACGACGACGUGCAGGGUGUCGUACAAGUUCAGAGAGGGCAACUCCGCCGCCGUGCGCAAGCCCGUCAAGGUGGCGUCCUUCCUGUAG